AAGAAACCAGUAGCGUUUGCAGUGCGGACAAAUGUCACAUACUGUGGGCCACUGGAUGAGGACUCGCCAGUUCAGGGAGCUGCCAUUUCCUUCGAUGCUAAAGACUUUCUACAUAUAAAAGAGAAAUAUAACAAUGACUGGUGGAUUGGACGGCUGGUGAAGGAGGGAUACGAGACCGGCUUUAUCCCAAGUCCAUUACGGCUGGAGGCAAUCAGAUCCAGACACAGCAUCCACGGGAAAGGAGGUGGGAAUUCGUCGACAAACCUCGGGGAGAUGGUGUCAGGCAGCUGGAGGUUAACACCGCCAUCCACAGCGAAACAGAAGCAAAAGGUGACAGAGCUCGUUCCGCCAUAUGAUGUGGUACCUUCCAUGCGGCCGGUGGUCAUAGUUGGACCCUCCCUGAAAGGAUAUGAGGUGACAGACAUGAUGCAGAAAGCUCUCUUCGAUUUUUUGAGGCAGAGGUUUGAUGGAAGGAUCUCCAUCACUCGGGUGACAGCAGACCUCUCCCUGGCCAAGCGCUCGGUGCUGAACAACAGCAGCAAGCGCACCAUCAUCGAGAGGUCCAACACCAGGUCCAGCAUUGCGGAGGUUCAGAGCGAGAUCGAGAGGAUAUUUGAACUCGCCAAGAGCCUGCAGCUGGUCAUCUUGGACGCAGACACCAUAAACCAUCCAUCUCAACUCGCUAAAACCUCGCUGGCUCCCAUCAUCGUCUAUGUCAAGGUCUCAUCAGCAAAGGUGUUACAGAGGCUGGUCAAAUCCCGAGGGAAAUCACAGAACAAGCACCUCAACGUCCAGCUCAUGGCUGCCGAUAAACUAGCUCAGUGUCCACCCGACAUGUUUGACGUGAUUCUGGACGAGAACCAGUUGGAGGACGCCUGUGAGCACCUCGCUGAGUACUUAGAGGUAUACUGGCGCGCCACUCACUCAGCCGGUGGCGCCACAGAGAACCCUUUACUUGACCAGAGCCUCAGCAGCUGGCACUCUGCUAUCUCCCCCCACCCAAAGUCUGUCCACCAUCUAACCCAAGCUGUCACCCCCCACGCCCGGGGACAAGGGGAUCGGUCCUGCCCCCUGCAUUCGGACGAGGCUGGCGAGGGUCCCGGCGAGGAGGGACGGCGCCGGCGGCACCCGGAGGAGGAGUACGGCCCCGUCCAGCACCGUGGGCCGGCCAGACCCCACCGGAACCACGGCACCGCCGGCCAGGAGCCACAGGACCAGCCCCGCGGUCAGCACUCCCACUCCGAGCACAGCCACAACCAGAGGAACAGGCAUCGCAGCCAAGCACGGCCACAGGACAGAUAG